AUGUCACACCGCGAGCAGGAGAUGACGCGGCGCUUCCUCAAGCACUUCUUCUCCAUCCUCGAUGCCCGCGAGCAGGCGGCGGUCGGCGACAGCGAGUCCGAGAGGAAAGACGCGGCGAGGGAGGAGUCGGGCACGCCGCUGCAGGUGGAGCAGCGCGCCGCAAUUGGCAAUGUUCUUCCGCAGUGGGUGCGCCUCCUCUGUGUGCAGCCGCAUGAGCAGCAGCAAACACCAACGGCCAAUAACAACAGCAAUGGUGCUGCUGCUGCCACCGCCGCUGGGUGUGAAUCCGCGUCGUACAUUGAAGGCGACUUGGGGGAGCGGUGGUUUGCGCUGCCGCACCUCGCACUUCUCCCGUCGCCGUGGACCCCACGCCGACCCCCACCGCCCAACGCGGCGCGGCACCGGCUGCUGCGCCACCUGCAGCA